CCCUCCUACUUCUUCCUUCCCUCGUUUCACCCUCCCUGAUCAUAAACACAGUGUUAACUUACACCUCAGUGUCAGAGAAAUUGGCUUCUGUAUUAGGACUCUGUGAGUCUGGGUCACAAGGUGAGGCGCUUAUAGAAAACAGGAGAAUCGAAAUAUGCACCUGGCUGCUUCUGGAUGAUGGCAAACUUUAAAGAGCAUUUGAAGUCUAAGGAAAUCAAUUAAUCUGUAAUGAAAGACCUGAUGGCAAGCUGCUGACAUUUCAAAACUUGGGAGGAAGCUGGUGAUAUAACAAUAAGCUAUAUUCUGUACUUAUUCUGUAGUGAUAUUCUCUUGUGGCAGACAGCAGAGGGAAACAUAAACAUUUUAAUACUGCUAUUGUACAUCAAUAGGCAAAAAAUCAACAAAAAAACAGUUUAAUUAUAUGACUAACCCAAAUAUAUGUAUGAUUUAUGAUCAUUCUAGAGCAAAAGAGAUACAUUGGUACUGAAUUACACAUAGAGUAGUUCAGAUUCUUAGUACAAAGAGGAAGUAUUCUUAAAAAAACAAAAUUUAUAACACCCUAGAUAGCUUUCAAAGAUUGUAACAUGUUUUCCCAUAUAUGUACUUAAACAUUUGUGUAUAUAUUUAUAUAUUUCUGAGAUAUGGCGCUCUAUGGGAUAUCUAACUGGUAUAAUCAGUUAAAUAUAAUUAUGAGAAUGAUCCCAAAACUGACUGUGUAAAUAUUUUAGGAGAGACAGUAGUGAUUGGAAAAUAGUAUUUCUGACUGACCUUCAAUCCAGCUAUGGAGAACAUAGAAGAGAUAUUUGGGGAUGAAGUGGAGAAUGGGAGACCUGUGGAGGUCUAUGAUGAGAUGGUAACAGUAAUGGCUGGAAAUAUCUACAGUGAACUGGAAAAACUGAUAAAUGUAUAUGGGCAAAAUGCUGUCACUGGUCUGAUGCCCCUACUAGUGUCUGUACUAGAGAGCCUUGAGGCUACCUGUGCACAAGCCCGUGAGAGAGAGGAGCAACUAGAACUGGUUCAAGAAGAUAAACAAAGACUACUGAUUCAGUAUGAAAGGGAGCGAGAUGGGAGGAAACGAGCGGAGGAGAGAUGUAUGGAGAUGGAAGAUGGAGUUGAUCAGGAGAGGAAACUUUAUAAAGCUAAUUUGAUCACCAUGGAGGCUCAGACUAAGGCUAUGGAGAUGAAAGCUCGGAGUUAUGCUGAUCAGAUUGUUGGGUUAGAAGAGCAGAAGACCCUCCUAAGCAAAGAACUACUUUCAUUGUCACAUGCACAUUCAAAGAUAAUGAAGAAUUAUAAGGAGCUGCGCAUUCAAAGAUCUCUGUCUGCCGAGGCUGCUCGUCUUUCUGGCCGCACCACACCUCUCCUGGGCUUGGAGAAGAAGAUAUUAUUGCUGGAUUUCCAAGAUGCGCCAUCAUCCUUAGAAAAUACCCAUGACAGUGGAUGUACCGAAUACCUCACCAGUGAAAUGGCUCUAUCUAAAGAAAAUAAACAAGUUGACAAUGAAGUUGAUAUGAAGCCUUCUGCGGUUAACACUCCUGAAACUGAGAUGCCCAAGAAAUUUGACCUAACCCUUGAAGAUGAAUUGGACAGAAUUGUAGAAGAAGUCCAAGAACCUUCAGAAUCUGAGAAACCAUCUGUGGUUGAUGACAUCAUCAACUCCACUCCAGAACUGAUUGUAAACACUGAACCCACUGAAAGCAGCACACCUAGGACACGUUUAGAACAGGAACAGAUGGAACGUAACAAUGAUUCCUUGUUUGCAGAGGUGUAUGGGACAAGCCCAGAAUUCAUUUCUGAUGUGGAUGACGGUGCAGACUUGCAAGGUGUUGGGGGUCCAGUAGAAGCUCUCAUGAUGGAGAAUGCGCAGCUAAGAGAUGCACAGAGUGAAGUAGAUAUGGCUAGGAAGAGCCUUAUUGCUAGAGUGGAGGAGCUGACUGCAGAACGAGAAGCUCUUAAACAAGAGAAUGAACGGCUAACGCAAACUCAAACUCGUACUGAAUGUAAACUUAAAGAGACUGAACAGGACCUGCAGAUGGCCCGUAUAGAGCUGGAAGAAACAAGGAAAAUGAACAGAGAAGAUGCAGAGGUGGACAUUCCUGCAGCUCAACGGAAGCGAUUCACUAGAGCUGAAAUGGCCCGUGUGCUGAUGGAAAGAAACCAGUACAAGGAGAGGUUUAUGGAACUGCAGGAUGCAGUACGCAGAACUGAAAUGUUGCGGGCUUCAAAAGACGUUCAGGCUGUUCAGAUGAAAAAAUCCCCCUUCUGGAAAAUCUUUGAUCGAUUGUUUAACUCCUCGAAUGCACCCCAGGGACGAACUGUAGAAUCUGUAUCUCCAACACUAAAUAGAAGCCGGUCUGUUUCAACUGUAGUAUAUUCUGACGAUCAUAGAAAUGUUGCUGUAAGAAGUCCUUCUUUGAGUCUUCAUACACGAAAUACCUCGCGUACAGAUGAUGUUGAGUCAAUCUCAAUACGUAGUAAGAAGCAUGAACAUUAUCGCCAGAUUCGUGCGCACAUCUGGAAAGAACACGGGAAAGCUCAACUUCAUGGAUGGAGUCUACCUGCUGACCUUAAUGUGAAGUAUAUACAGGGUGACCCUCAAGCUGCUACUGAAAAUCCAACCAAAGGUGUCCCGGUGUUGGUGCAACUUCGGCUGUUGGACCAGAAGGACCCAAGCACUAAGCUAUGGUGUGCAACUGGAGCAUCCCAACUAGACAAUGAGAGUGAGAGAAACAAAGAUAAUAUACGUCUGUCCUCCUUAGUGUGGAUCUGCUCGGGGACGCACUCAGUCAGUGAGAUCAUGGUCAUUGAUGCCAGCUCUUCCAAUCAUGUCAUGGAUCAGUUUGUAAUCCCCAACGCCCAUGUCCUGUGUGUUACCAGUGUUCCAGGUUACAAACUGGAUGUUCUGUCAAUGCAAGAAUCUCAAGAUGCAGAAAAUUGUGAUCACAGGAACAUAGACGCUACUAUCUGGCUUGGAACACAGGAGGGAAGUUUAUAUGUGCAUUCCGCAGUAUCGAAUUGGCGGAAUUGCCUACAGAAGAUUCAGCUAAAAGAUGCCAUCCAUAGUAUUACACACACCAAGGACCGUGUUGUUGCUACUUUGGGAGACGGGACAAUUGCAUAUUCAGCCCGAAAUGCUGACAGAAAAUGGGAUCUUGAAAACCCAAAGGUUGUUGACUUGGGAAGACCUCAGCAAUCCAUCCGCUGCUCUGUAGCUCUUCAUAAUGAAGUGUGGUGCGGGUACAGGAACAGGAUAUAUGUCAUAGAGCCUCGAACUGCAAAAAUCAAAAAAUGGAUUGAAGCAACAUCUCGCUCAGAAAGCCAGGUUCUAUUAGCAUCAGCUGGUGAUGGCGUGUGGGUCUCUGUUCGCCUGGAUUCUGUUCUACGUCUUUUUCCAUGCAGACAGGACAGCCCCUUACAAGAACUGGAAUUGGAACCCUUCAUUCAAAGAAUGCUAGGUUCCAGCAAUGUAAGUUUGUACAUGGCACAAGUCUCCGCUCUAUCGACGUUCUGUAACCGUUUGUGGGUUGGAACAACCAGUGGCGUCAUCAUAUCUAUCCCGUUUCUAAAGGUAAGUACAAAUACUGCAAGCUUGAGUCCAGUAAAACAAAGCUCCCAGCAUUCCGCCUCUCAAAUGGGCCCAUAUUGCUCAAUGGAGAAUGCCCAGGUCUGCUUCCAUGGUCACAGAGAUGCCGUAAAAUUUUUUGCAUCUGUUCCAGGUUGCAUCAAUGAAUCAUUCAACACAGGAAAAUCAAGCAAUCUCGUGAUGAGUGGAGGGGAAGGAUACAUUAACUUCAAGAUAGGGGAUGAAACUUUUGAUUCAGAGGAAGGUUAUGGAGAGCUUCUACUAUCAAAUCCAAGACACAGAAGGUCUGAAAGAAGCCAUCUCAUAGUAUGGCAGUUACACACGUGAGGCUGGAAAAUAAUUUGAUGAACUGCUUUCAUGGGCAUUUUUAAUGCAGGUUUCUUUUCUUUAAUGUGUAAAACGAUAUUCAACCAAAAACAAAAUUCACCCAAGUCUGACAAUGGAAAAGGAUGCAACUGACUGACUGCAGCUGAAUGUAUAUUUUUUGUGCCUCUGGAACAUGCCCCAUCAAUAUUGGCUACAAAACAUUUUGCCUUAAACUUAUACUGACUGGUGUGGGCAUCUGUGCAAUACAAGUCUCCGAAGGAAAAUGAAGCUUCAUUAUAAGUUAUUUAUCUUUUGUGUUUUAACUUUUUUUUUUUCUUUCAUCUCACUGACACUAGAAAUACUGCAACUUUUGUUCUAGUUGAACAAUAUUUUCCUUUUUUGGCAUACAAUACACUUUGAUGUGUUUGCCCACAUUGUCCAAAAGUGGCCAGUCUCAGGGUGCCUUCCAAUAUGAUGUGAUAUCAUCACAUUGCAGCUAAUAUUUAGAUUGUAGAACUCUAAAUCUCUCCUGUUUAAACUGAAUACAUAUGUAUUAUUUUACAUAUUUUCUUCAUUUGUUGAAAUUCCUAUUUAUUCAUUUAUUAAUGUAGCUAACUUCAUUAAUGUUUAUGUUGGCUUCAAUAUAUUGCACAUACAUCUGACACUGAAUGAAUUAAGCCUCUCUGUGGUCAGUAGCUAUGUUUACAAACUGAACUAAACUGUAUUUGAUCUCAGAGCGUUUUUGCUCUUUCUCUUAACCUCUACCAGCACAAGUCUGUUUGAUAAAUAAUCCAGCAAAUAUUUGUCUCUAGCAACACGACAGUCAAUAUUUACUAAGCCAUGCUCAGCUGAAAAGACAUUUUCUACAGUAGGAGAACCCUUUAUGGUGCAUUCACAUAAAUGGACUUUAAAGGUACUGUCUAAUGUUGGCAGAUACACAUUAGAUAGUAGUAUUUGGCAAACACAGACCAGCACAACAUGGAUGGUACAUGAUUUUAUUGAAUCAAAAUAUGCUUGCGAAAAGUUAAAACUGAUUAUUUUCUUACAGAAUAUAAUAGAAAUGAGUUUGAUUUUUGUCUUUUGUAUCAUAAACAAAAAUAUAGUCAUUACAUGGAAGAGUGUUGAAUGUUUUUGUGAUUUCUUUGAAAAAGACAUAUUUGCUUUCUUGCAGUAGAGAUUGGUUUCUCUAGAUCUCACCAGUGUUCAAUCUGAUUGCAAUUGUUUUAUUCCCUUUUUUAAUACUUUUUUUUUUAUAUAAUCAUUUUGAAUGUUUAUGAAUUCUGGUGGAGAGUAUUAAAUAUGUCUAUAAAAAAAAA